UCUGCUUUUCAAACACAUUCAUCUCCUUGCAGCUUUCAACAUUUUUGAGUACCUAAUUUCAUAAACAGAGGUUCUUUUCUUUACAGACACUUCUCAAAACAUAUACAAAAAUGAAAGGAGGGGGAAACAAGAAGUGUUUAGGCUAUGUUGCUAUUUUCAUCGUGUUUCAAAUCAUAGUGAUCACGAUCUUCGCACUCACCGUGAUGAAGGUAAAGGGUCCCAAAGUUAGGUUCCAAACCCCAAUUACCGUCUCAAACAUCAACUCCGGCAGCUCAACCUCUGCAUCUUUCAGCGCUGAUUUGGUUACCAAAUUUGCUGUCAAGAACACGAACUUCGGUCACUUCAAGUACCCCAACAGCACUGUCUCAAUCUUAUAUGAAGGCCAAGUAAUCGGGUCCGCUGUUGUCCCCAGCCAGAAAGCCAAAGCUCGAUCGACAAGGAGAACUGACAUCACCAUUAGCAUCGACUCGAGCAAGUUGUCCGGAACCACGAACCUCCCAAGCGCCAUCAACGCUGGGGCUAUACCCCUGACCAGUGAGUCCACCUUGAAGGGGAAGGUUGAGUUGAUCAAGAUCAUCAAGAAGAACAAGUCUGGCAAAAUGAGCUGCACCAUGACGCUCAAUUUGGCCUCCAAGGCUGUUGAUGACUUGAAAUGCAAGUGAGCAAAUGUGUCGUAGAUGUAGAAAUGGGGGAGCUUGUGCACGCUUUGUUACUAUUUAUUUGUUUGAUCGAUCUAGCUAGUACUAGUUAAUUGUGUAUCUUUUCCGUUAAUUUUGAGUAUUGGAGAUGUACCUUGUAGUUGGCAUUUGGGUUAUUGAGUUGAUUAUAUAUACAUUCUUUUACA